GGGAGCCAUUUUUCCUUCUUUUUUUUUCCUAUAUUUUUUUAACGGCGUGGACGGCCUUUUGCGGGUUGGUUACGGUUUGUCUUUUUUGUUUUUUUUACAUUUGUUUUGUUUGUAUCCUGCCCGACGGAUGACGCUUGUGCGCUGUAGAUAUCCCCUCCUCCAUCGCACCUCAUCAUGUUUACACCCCAAUCAACGACACGAAAACGGCCUUUUCAACGGCUUCCUUCCUUCUGACAUUCAACUGUUCAUAUUCGUUCAAAAUUCGGAAAUUCGGGGGGAAUCGACAUACCGGAGAACGACGACGACGAAAGCUUCAAUACCUCGCCGCCGCCCUCGCCUUCACAACACUCUGAGAGCUUUGGAAAAGCGAGUGGUGGUGGUGGUGUGGGAAUUGAGCAGCUUGGGGGGAAGGUUACUUUAUUUUUUGUUUUUUUUCUUCCCAUCUUUUUUCAUCUUCCUUCCUCUUACUUUUCUAGUACAUGCUUAUGCUAUGCUGCUUGCCGUCUGCUUCUUCUGUAUUUAUGUUAUGUGUUUAUGGUGUUUGUUGUUUUUGCUUUUUCUGUUUUUUUUUUAGUGUGGAAAAAAAGAAAAAAGGCAGGUUCUUUUUUUUCUUUUCUUUGUGUGUGCUUUUUUUUUGUGUUUGCUUUUUUUCUCUUUCUUGUCUAUUUUUUUUUUGCGCUUCUCGCACCGCAGAUUUUUUUUCUUUCUACGAUUCGAUUUGAUAUGGCAUGAGGGCUUC